AUGUCUAAAGAAGACAACUCCUCGGGUGUCCAAACACCCACCAACGACUCACUCAUGGAAAAACCCAUUGAGGAAGUCAAAAAGCAGGACUCUGAAGAAGAGCUUCCUGAGUUGCCCAAGAAAUCCGCCAUGGAAUAUCUCAUGGUUGGUCUCUUGUGUUUCCUUGUUGCAUUUGGUGGUUUCGUUUUCGGUUUCGAUACAGGUACCAUUUCCGGUUUCGUCAACAUGGAAGAUUUCAAGCAAAGAUUUGGCCAGCUCAACGGUUCGGGCGAGUACUAUCUUAGUGACGUCAGAGUCGGUUUGAUGGUUUCCAUUUUCAACGUUGGUUGUGCCAUUGGCGGUAUCAUUCUCUGUAAAAUGGGCGACCAAUGGGGAAGAAGAAUUGGUAUCAUGGUGGCCAUGGUGGUUUACAUCAUCGGUAUUAUCGUGCAAAUCUCAUCCCUGGACAAGUGGUACCAGUACUUUGUCGGCCGUUUCAUCACGGGUUUGGCUGUGGGUACCGUUUCUGUGAUUUGUCCACUUUUCAUUUCCGAAGUAUCUCCCAAGCAAAUUAGAGGUACUUUGGUGUGCUGCUUCCAGCUUUGUAUUACCCUCGGUAUCUUUUUGGGUUACUGCACAACUUACGGUACCAAAGAAUCGUACACUGACUCCAGAACAUGGAGAAUCCCCUUGGGUCUUUGUUUUGCCUGGGCCAUCUUGUUGCUUGUGGGUAUGGUGUGCAUGCCUGAGUCUCCAAGAUACUUGAUUGAGAAGCACAAGAUUGAAGACGCCAAACACUCCAUUGCCAGGUCCAACAAGGUUGCCGUUGAAGACCCAGCUGUUUACACGGAAGUGCAGCUUAUUCAGGCUGGUAUUGAGCGUGAAGCUUUGGCCGGUAACGCUUCAUGGAAGGAAUUGAUCACCGGUAAGCCAAAGAUUCUUAGAAGAGUGAUUAUGGGUAUCAUGCUUCAGUCCUUGCAGCAGUUGACCGGUGACAACUACUUCUUCUACUACGGUACCACCAUUUUCAAGGCUGUGGGUUUGAAAGACUCUUUCCAGACCUCCAUCAUUCUCGGUGUCGUUAACUUUGCCUCAACCUUCUUGAACAUCUACCUCAUUGAGCGUUUGGGCAGAAGAAUCUGUCUUUUGGCCGGUUCCGCCGCCAUGUUUGUGUGUUUUGUUGUGUACUCCGUUCUCGGUACCACCAACUUGUACAUCGACGGCUACGACAACACCGAAGAAAACACCAGAAAGCCAACGGGUAACGCCAUGAUUUUCAUCACCUGUUUGUACAUUUGCGCCUUCGCUUCCACCUGGGCCGGAGGCUGUUACUGCAUCAUCUCUGAGACUUACCCAUUGAGAAUCAGAGCUAAGGCCAUGUCUGUGGCCACUGCCGCCAACUGGAUGUGGGGAUUUUUGAUUUCCUUCUUCACUCCUUUUAUCACGUCGGCCAUCCACUUCUAUUACGGUUUUGUGUUCACCGGGUGCUUGCUCUUCUCGUUCUUCUAUGUGUACUUCUUUGUCUAUGAGACGAAGGGCCUCUCCUUGGAAGAAGUUGACGAGAUGUACGCCCUGGGUGUUUCCGCCUGGAAGUCGGCCGACUGGGUCCCUCCUUCGACCGCCCACAUGGCCCACUCGACGGGAUUUGCUGCUGACCAGAAGCCUGGUGACGAGCAGGUCUAA